AUGGACCGGCGGCAGGUGGCGGCGGGAAACGACCCCGAGGCGUCGCUGCAGGACGACGAGUUACCCUGCCGCGACUCCCCGCAGAGCCCGACGUUUGACCCCAGCAGCCACCUUGCGAUGCAGUUCGCGCUUUACGAUGUCGACGGCGUAGCUUUGCGGGGUAGCAAUCCUCGGUCGUCGAGUGCGCAGCGCGAGGGUGGCGGUGGCGGGAUGCUGCAGAUAAUGUCUCCGCUCAGCGCAGUACAGUGCGCGCCUCCCGUCUUUUGCCACCGAAGGCGCUCAGCGCGGCGUAGAGGCUCCCUCCCGAAUCACCUGCGGUACGGGGCGGCAAAGCAAAACGUGCACGUUGUGCGGCUUGCCAGUGACACGGGCGGCAUUGAGAUGCAGGAGGCCAGUCAGCAUCUUCUUAACGCGGUCCGGAUGCGGGAGAAGUACAAGGCGGUCGACAAGGGGCAGCAAGAGGGGAUGGAGCGGCUUGUGCCACCGGUGGCACUCUCGUUUGAAUCCGGUUGCAUUCAGUUCAGCGAUCAACGCACAUGCAUUGUGCCGUGGGAGCAGUUUUACGACGAUGUCACGGCGUUGUACGUCACCCUGCAGCACCCCAUCUGCCGCCUUGCCUGCUCCCAGCGGCUGCACGUGCUGGAGGAGAAGUACAACCUCUACAAGCUCUGCAACAGCGAGCUUGAGAACCCUGACCGCUACCGCCGCGACAGUGGCGUCUUCUCCAGCAGCACGAAGGUUGACAACGGCGUCUACCUCGCCUCGAUUAUGAAUUCGCAGUGGCUAGUGGAGUACAUCCAAGAGACGAUGGAGAUGGAGGGGGAUGAGGUGGUGUACCUUGCCAAGGACGCGAAGGAGCCCCAAACACUGCGCUCCGUCUGUGAGCAGCUGGACCUGGCGGACCCCGCCAAGCUGAGCGUGGACGGGCUCGGCCUCAGUCCGCCCAACGAAAAGCGGCUCUACCGCUACGAUGUGCUGGACCCCGAGUUAAACCACGCCGGCCGCAACAGCGCGGAGCUGCUGCGCCUCUUUCUCACGCCGGACACGCUGAACAAGGGCCGCCACUUUGCGGAGGCGGUGCGGCCCAUUCUCUUUCUCAACGGCUCCCGGCGGCGAAGCAUUCAGGCGACGGAGAGCAUCAUCGAAAUCUGCGGCCUCUCCCCAGACGACUGGGAGAGGACGGCGAACUGGAUCCACAGCCACGGGUUGGAUGAGCAGCCAAACAAUCAGUGGCUCAUUGCAUUACCGCGGCGACAGAUGCGGAAAGAGAUGGCGGGGGAGUCGCUCGAACACUAUCAGCAGCAUCUUGAAAACUUGUUUCUGCCGCUGUUCAUGGCCACACUGGCCCCAGAGGAUCCCAAAAACACGCAGGUGGCCUCUUUUCUGUCUCGCAUCGGUGGAUUUUUGAUUGUCUCAGAUGAGGAGGAGCGCGAAAGUGAGUUUCAGCGAAAGGUGAGGCGCCCAGCGGAGGUCUCCUGGUCGGAGAAUGUCUGCGACCUUUACUUCGCCUACAACAUCUGGGUGAAUCUCUGCUCCUUGAACGCGUUUCGGCGUCGCAAGGGGCUUUGCACGCUUCAGCUACGCGCCGCUGCUGGUGGACGCAGCAGUCAGAUGGACGUCCUUGUUUACUCCUACCUUCUUUGCGAUAGUGUGAUGAACGGUGUCAUACUCGACCAGCAGCCCGUGCUGCAGUACCUCUACGGCAUCCAACGCAUCGGCAUGGUGAUAUCGCCGCUAAGCAACAAUGGCUUGGGGCUUCCCUACAUGCAGAACCCGUUUCAUGUUUUUUUCCGCCGUGGACUGAACGUCUCUCUUGCCACGAAUUGGCCGCUGUUGUUUCACUUCUCGCGGGAACCUCUUAUUGAGGAGUACGGCACGGCGAGUCGCUUGUACCAGCUCUCCGGCAUUGACAUAUGCGAGAUUGCGCUGAACUCCGUCAUGUUGUCGUCCUUUCCACUUUCCACGAAGGUAAUAUGGCUGGGUGAGGCUUUCUUGACGGAAGGACUGAAGGGAAAUCUCUUUGAAUACAGCAAAGUGCCGACCGCCCGCCUGGAGCUGCGGCAGGACAUGUGGCAGACUGAACUUCACAUCAUAGUUGAAGCGGCGCGGCGGCAGUCGCGCGUGGACGAUGCUACCAGUGCGGCGCCUGCCACCUUCACCGGCGAAUAUUCGGGGACGAGUUCGGUGACGAACUCCGCCGCUGUGCCGGCGAGUCAGGUGCCAUUUGUCGUGCUGGACCCGAGGGUUGAGUACCCGCGGGUGGUUUUUGUCAGGCCACCGGAGCGCGACCCCUCUCACACGACAGUGACCCAACUCCUGCACCGUGCCCUGGAGCUGCGGGCACGUUACGCCGGUCUCAACCGCGUCAGGGAGGUAAUCGACGGGAAGGGCGUGUUGAACCCGCACGAGAUUGAGAGCGCCUUUCGCCGCGACGACACGUUUGACGAGAAUGAGUGGAUGUUUAAGACCGUCGAGGGAGUUUUGGUGCCACACGAGGUGCAUCAAAUUCCGCGGCUUCCGAAGGAGAUGUUCCACUAUGACGACUUCCGUGCACACGUGCAGGAGCUUCGGAUUGUGCUGGAGAACAUCCACGUGCGCAACUUCGCGACCCGGCGGCUGGACCUGCUGGAGCACAAGUUUAUGCUGCACCUCGCGGUGAACCGCAGCCUGGAGGCUGGCACCACCACCAAGAAGGCGUCACAGAACCGCGACUUUUACCAGGCGACCAAGGUGGACAACAACAUCCGCGUGGAAACCUGCAUGACGGCGCGCUAUCUGCUAAACUUUAUCGUGUCAAAGGCAAACAACAACGCGGACGACAUUGUGUCCCACCAGGAGGGGAAGGAGCCUCAGACGCUGCGGCAGCUGUUGCAGGAGCUGAAUAUCUCCCCCAAUACACUCACCGUGGAUGAUCUCAACGUACAGGCGGACGCAACGCUUGGUGUGGCGGGGGCACAGUACACUCCCGAGGGGCGCGACGAGCUGCUGACGCUGCUGCUCAAGACCGACAACCAAAUGAAGGGGCGCUACUUUGCCGAACUGACGAAGUUAACGUUUGAGAACUUUAAACACGAUCGUUUCACCUUUACAGAGAAUCGGUUGCCGAUUUACGGCGCUAACGUCAAGGAGUGGGGGCUGCUCUCGGAUUGGUUUGACACCCACGGCAUGGCGUCGGUCCACAAUCAGUGGAUGGUGCAGGUCCCACGCAUUUAUAGCUAUCUGCGUAAGCGCGGCAAGGUGAGCACCUUUGCAGAGUACCUUGAGAAUAUCUUCAAGCCGCUCUGGGACGUCUCACUUCACCCCAGCAAAGACCCACGCCUCUUCCACUUUAUCAACCACAUCUCCGGCUUUGACUGCGUCGAGGAUGAGCGUCGACCUGACACACCGCUACACAUUGCCACAAAGGCGCCGCAUGAGUGGACCUCUGAGGAAGAGCCACCGUUUAACUACUACAUGUAUCAUAUGUGGGCAAACAUUUACUCUCUCAACGAGUUCCGACAGCGGCGCAAGUUCUCCACCUUCACCUUCCGCCCAAGCUGCGGGGAGACGGGGCCGGUGGACCACCUUAUUGGCGGAUUCCUCCUCGCCAAUGCCAUUAACUACGGAGUCACCCUUGCCGACGAUGCCCCCUUGCAAUACCUCUUCUACCUGGCACGGAUCGGCGUGACGGUGAGUCCGCUGAGCAACAACACCAAGGUUCUUGGCUACCUUGACAACCCCUUCCCGCACUUCUUCCGACGGGGGCUAAUGGUUUCGCUGAGCACUGACAGCCCGCUGAUGUUUCAUCACACGCAGGAGCCGCUGCUGGAGGAGUACUCCAUCGCCUCCAAGGUGUGGAAGCUUGGGCCGAAUGACAUGUGUGAGAUUGCCCGCAAUAGUGUGUUGCUCUCUGGCUUCGACACCGCCUUCAAGCGUGAGCGUCUCGGGGAUCUUUAUUUUCUCUCAAGCAGCCGCAGCAACGACGCCUCCCGCACGCAUCUCUCCGACAUUCGAGUGGCGUACCGCUUUGAGACGUAUCACUCUGAGAUUGCGCUGCUGGAACAUAUCUGUGGCCUUAAGUUUCCCAAGGCCCUCCUCACCCUCAGCGAGGAGAGUGCCCGGGAGGCCGAGUUCCUUGAGGCGGACAAAAAGAAGGAGGUGGCGAUUGGCGGCAUUAUUGAUCCCCAGCCGCUGGAAGCCGACAUUGACGGACUGCAGCAGCAACGGUCGCUGAUGCAGAGCCAACUGGAGGAGCUGAGUAAGGCGCUCACAGGGCUGCAGCGGCAGAAUAAGCAGUUGACGGAGAAGCUGGCGGAUGAGAUUGCACGCGAUCAGCAGGCGGCGCAGCUGCGCCGCCGCAGUUUUGAGGAGCGUUUGGACCAGCUUCUGGACUCAGGGACCAAGGACCGCUCCGCGGCAGCGAUAUCGCACUUUGCCGAUGCCUCGUUGGGGCGCCUGCCGGGCUCAGCGAUGCCAACUUUUGGCGGUAGCCCCACCGCUUCGCCCUCCGGGGCUGCGGCGGCGCGGGAGAUUGGCGCGGAGGACACGAACAAGUCAAACUCUCAACAGCAGGAACUGGAACUGGAGGAGCCACAACGAAGUGAAGUUCAGUCAUGGGCCCGUAAUGCAUCCAUGCCGUUUAAUUCGCGAAAUACCCCGGGGCCGACGGUUGGUGGGGCCAAUUCCUCCAAUGAGAUGGGAGGUGACACCUUCUGCACCGACCCCAAAAGGGUGGCGGCCGUCACCACGGCUUUGGUGAAUUUCCAGGAAAGCAUGUGGAGCAGGGACAACAACGGCGGUGGCCCCUACGCCUUUCCGGAGGAUGAGGUGACGAGUAGGCAAGGAGUCGACAACAAUUUGCAUCUUCCGCAGCUCAACACGGAUCCGCUGCAUACAGGCGGAAGUAGCACCUACCCAGAAGGGAGCCGUUCUGUCACGAAGCAACUGGCAACCUUGCCGCACCGCCAACCACUGGGUCUCGUGCUGCAGAGACCCUCAGUCGUGUUACCGCGUUUAUUUGAGUAG